AUGUCAUGGGCAGCCACGGGAAGCGAUGAGCUUGAGGAUCCACGGCCAGCCAUGGAUUGGUCCUGGAAAAGGGUGCCAUCGCCACCGCCAUUUGCCAUGGAUGAUAUAAUUUCCUCUUACGUGCUGCACCCGGACGGGCACACCAUAUUCAUGUCUGCACACGACAGUCUUUAUCAACAUGUUCCAAAGGGUACCUUUUCAUUUGACACCAAGCGUUCUGAGUGGAGGUGGCAUGGGGAAUGGGCUCUGCCUUUCCAAGGGCAAGGCUACUACGACAGCGAGCUAGGCGCAUGGAUUGGGCUCCGUAAAGACGGGUACAUUUGUGCCUGUGAAGUCGCCUCCCGCAGCCGCGAAAGUGCUGUGCAGCCAUAUUGUAAGAUUGCGAAGGAGAAGUUGUUCCUCAAAGUCCCGGAGCGGCGGCUGGCAGCAACAAGGGCCAAUCUCGCGUACAUGGGCAACAGCAACUUUUGCCUUGUCGAGUGUGUGCAGCGCGAGGGAGUGGAGCCUACAUGCAUCGUCGAUUGUUGCGUGCUCCAUAUGAGCACGUUUGGGCUUAAGUAUGAUCACAGGGGAGAGCUGCAAACCACGCGCCACUGCUCUACCUCUUGUGUAGUGUCUAAGCAUAUCCUGUCCUUUUCUCCUGUAGUGUUCUGGAUGUAA